CAGCUGGUUGUGCCGGGCGCGUGGUUAGUAUAAGAAUGGUUGGAUCCCACAAAUCUGCGUCAGUUCCUCCGAACCAAUCAUCAGCUAAACAUGUAUAAACUUGUCGUCCUCGCCUGUGCUGUUGCCUCUGCAUCUGCCGUCGCAGAUCCAGUGCUCGCAUACGCCCAUGGUCUGAACUACGGAGCUGCAUACGCUAGCUACAACACCGCUCCCCUUGCUGCAACUUAUGCUGCUGCCCCUGCCUACGCUGCUGCUCCCGCUUAUGCUUAUGCUGCUGCCCCUGCCUACGCUGCUGCUCCCGCUUAUGCUUAUGCUGCUGCCCCUGCUGUUCACACCGUAGCCGCCCCCGCUGUUCACACCGUUGCCACCAACUACGCCCUUCCCCCCGUCCAGACCAUUGCUGAGGCUCCUAUUGUCGAGCAGGUCGUCGAGCCCGUCGAGCAGUGGGGAUACAAGGUUGCCUACUAAACUUCCUUCUCUUUUUUCUUUCAAAAGUCCCCUUCCCCCCCCCCCUCCUACACACUUCACAUCUUCCUUCCGAAACAGCAGUAUUUAGCAGGAUGACCAGGUUCGGAGGAUAACUCGAACACGACCAUAUCUGCAGACAUAACCCGCACACCAUGGGCUCUAUGUGGCAGAAUCCAGAAGGAUACAGAAUCUUGCACACAAAUUUUAGAACUUGCUGUGUCCAUUUUACCAGUGCAAUAUUGCCAAAAUGUCUUGCUUCAAGUGCUUGAUUUAGUUCAAGUGUUUGAGUUCACCAUAAAUGGUAUAAAAAUUAAAUAUUAUUGUAAGCACAGAUAUGUUUUAAAUGUUCCCUUGUACAGAUCUAUUUAUGUAUCCUUGUUGAUCAAACGAAUGAAAAUAUAUUUGAUAAAAAUAUCA